AUGGGGUGCCUGACCCAGCGGCAGGGCUACGGUGAGAAGCUGAGCGGUGUGACAGACGGCCGGGGGGUCCGGGCUGCCCUGUCCACGCAGAGGGCAGAGGACUCCAGCGAGAGUCGCGAGGAGGAGCAGGCGCCCAACAGCCAGGACCUGAACGCGUUGUUUUCUGGGGGAGCUGGAGGGCCGCCCCCCCUGAACCUCACGCAUCAAGCACCCCCCUGGCGGGAGGAGUACAAAGGGCAGGUGAACCUGCACGUGUUCGAGGACUGGUGCGGGGGCGCCGUGGGCCAUCUGAGGAGGAACCUGCACUUCCCGCUGUUCCCUCACGCGCGCACCACCGUGAAGAAGCUGGCUGUGUCCCCCAAGUGGAAGAACUACGGACUGCGGAUCUUCGGCUUCCUCCACCCGGCGAGAGAUGGAGACGUCCAGUUCUCUGUGGCUUCCGACGACAACUCUGAGUUCUGGCUGAGCCCAAAUGAGAGCCCGGCAGGUGCCCAGCUGGUGGCCUUUGUGGGCAAGACUGGCUCGGAGUGGACGGCGCCUGGAGAGUUCACCAAGUUCAGCUCCCAGACGUCCAAGCCCAGGCGGUGAGUGGCUGGGAGUGCGCGUGCGCACGUGUCCAUGUUCCCCCCCACCCCAGCCUCUGGCCCUGACCACCCUCUCCACCCCCAGUGGCGAGCCUUCCUGCCUGGCCUGAAGUUUGAGGUCAUAGGCCCUGCUCACCUCUCCCUGUACACAGAUGAGUCCUCCCUGAAGAUGGACCACGUGGCCCAUGUUCCACAGUCCCCAGCCAGCCACGUGGGGGGGCGCCUGCCGCCAGAGGAGCCCAGAGCGGACAUGCUGAGGCCAGACCCCCGAGACACCUUUUGCGCCCAGGUGUACCUGUCCUUCGUGUACCCCAACGACCGCACGCGCCUCACGCACAUGGAGACGGACAACAAGUGCUUCUACCGCGAGUCGCCGCUGUACCUGGAGAGGUUCGGGUUCUACAAGUACAUGAAGAUGGACCGGGAGGAGGCGGGGGAGGAGGACGAGCAGGUGCAGCGCCGAGCCUUCCUCUUCCUCAACCCGGCACCCCCCCGCCCAGGGUACUGGGAGGUGAACGGCUUCGGCCUCUUCGGGAUCUACAAGUCGGACUUCGACCGCGUCGGAGGCAUGAACACGGAGGAGUUCCGGGACCAGUGGGGCGGCGAGGACUGGGAGCUCCUGGACAGGGUCCUGCAGGCGGGGCUGGAGGUGGAGCGGCUGCGCCUGAGGAACUUCUACCACCACUACCACUCCCGGCGGGGCAUGUGGGCCACGCGUGGCCGUGGCCGGAAGGGCUACCACAGGGCACUGCCCCCCCCUCUCUGGCCCCCCCAGGCCGCAGCCCCUCGAGCCCCGCCCCAGAGGGGCUGCCUGGACACGAGCAGUCCUCAUGGACCCAGCGAGCGCACCCUCAUCACCCGUUUUCUCGGGACUCUGCCGGAGGUGGCAUCGGUGACAGGGGGAGGGGAGGAGACACCCUGCCGGGAAGGGGACCAGCUGCCUAUCUCCCAGCUCGCUGCCCCCACCGGGGCCAGGCCACCCCUCCCCACUGGUCUCUGCUUCCUCUCAUUCCCUCUCCUCACCGAGGCUGGUGCUCCUUUGAACACAAACCUGACAGCCCCUCGACUGGCCUUUCCCCCGGGGCGGCUCCCUGACCCCCGCGGCCUCCAGGACGCCAGCAGCAUCGUGUUCCUCUGCGACCUGCACAUCCACUUCCCCCCCAACAUCCUGGACGCCAUCCGCAAGCACUGCGUGGAGGGCCGGCUGGCCUUCGGACGGUGUGACAGCCGCUGGGGGUCCCCACUUCAGUAG